UAACAACACUGACACCCCUGCCUUUAGUUUUACAUUUGAUGUUCAUACCGAUGACUUUGGCUAAAGCCAAAGAGAAACCCACUACUACAAAAACUCGUUACCGUAAAUGCAUAGUAGAGGUGCUUCAUCGUCAUCUAGAAAAGUCUUGAAGUUUAUGAUUGACUUUGUUCUUGGUUCUGAUCACCUAUUCAAUACUCAGGUUUGCAACCUCAUCCGUUGGCCACAUUUGACUGUUUUGUUUUUGAUAAUUUUGUUGUAAAUUGAGAUAAUGGUAUGCAUCUUUAUUUAUAUCCCAAUCAUUGGGUGUAGAACUAAGCUAAAUUAUAUCUUACCAAUAUAUACAAUGGUAAAAUUACCAUUAGUUUUACUUUGGUUCGGAUGGACUGUUCUAUGAGCAUAUACAUUUCUUAUAUGGAAGUGUGCUCUGUGUGGUUUAUUCGUCAUGUAUAAAUGCCCGACCUCUUUGUUUUCAUUUCAUAUGAGCAUGGAGUGUGAUAAAGGAGCUCAUUGUGGUUCUGCCACAAAGAGUUUUGGUUGGUUAAGCCCCUUGUGCAUUCAGAUUUUUAUUUGAUGUAGAAUUGAUCCUAAUGUUGUGAAUUUCCUUGUUUGGGACUUUAUUUUGAUGAUUUGUAUUCUAAGUCAAAAGUGACCAUGACCUACCCUUCUAGACCAGCUUAAAUGAUUACCACCGAAUGCUUAAGGAGAAUUCUGGGUCAUUCUGGGUCUGGCUCUCUGGCUUUAAUCUGGUACAGAUCAGGUGGGCUGCCUGGUUGGCACCUUGAUGGAAGUUCUAGCGGAUUGUUGAAUUUUAUUAGUCCUUUUAAUGCUAAUUCUACUAGUUAAUGGAGUCUAACUUCUGUCUUUACAGAGGUUUAGCUUCAUGAAGGCCGGUACCACUGUAGAGGUUGCCUUGUAUCACUUUCAUCCAUUUCACUUAUGUCCCAUCCUUUUUUGUUUCCCUAUCUUCCAUCUAGUACCUGAAGCUCUCUGCGAUCGCUAGUCCGUACCUGUCUAUAGGCUGUGCAUUUACCUAUGUUUUCCUAUCACAGUUUCGUGCUGAGGAAUAUUUGGUCUUCAGCGAGUAUGGUCAUGGAACAUUCUGUACACAUGCAUCUGCAAUUUCUCAUCCUCUGUUAUAUGUAUGGGGCAUCAUAAACUCUAAGUUGUUAUCCUGUCUGUGAAUGUGUUUCCUCCCUCAGACACGGGUGCAUCCUGUUACGUCCUGGCUGGCUCAAUGUAUUCUAUUUUACUUGAUCUUUUAUGUUCUGUAAAAAGACUUCUCAAAACCUUCGCAUCUGAUUUCUCCCACUGCGUGGUACUUGGCCAUUGUUCAGACCUUUACACCUUAACUUAAUAUUAUUAUUGCAACCAACUCUGCAUCACAACCAUCCACAAUUGUGUCAAUUCUCUAAUCUAAUGGGAUGCAAUGCUUCAUUUCCAGGUUUCUGAAGUAGUCUUGUUGGAAGGCCAGAUGUUUGAUAUCUCUUCCAUCAUGCAAUUAGUCACGAUGUUAUCCACUUGGCCUGUAGAUGACCUCAGUGGAUUCAUGGGCGUGGUAAGACUGCUCUUCAUGGCGAACUCUGUAGAGGAGUGUAAAUUAGUUAGCCAGUUAUCCACUUUAAAACACAUUUGAUAUUAAGUCCAGGACAUCAAUAAUGAGCUUUCUUCUUGUUGUUGGCUGAUUCUUGGUUUCGGUUUAGGUACGCAGAUCACUAACAGAUGUUGUUGGUUCCUACUCCAAGUGGAUAUCUGCUUCUCCAGCUAAUUCCAGACCCUUGCUGUAAGGAUCAGAAGCUCAAUAUUGAAAUAACAUAAUAUGUUGAGCAUUUGUUUCACUUUCUAGCCGUGAAGAAAUUGUAAUGGGUGCCUUUAGUUUCUCUAGUGACCCUUAUACUGUUCAGACUUUCCCCCCUCAUUAUAUUUUUGUCCAGCUCCACUAGUUUGUCUCUUUAUAUUCAUCUCUGUCCUGGUUUCUUCCUUUGUGUUUGGUUUUAUACUCAUUUGCAGCUUUCAGAUUAUUUCUUGCUGCAGGGAUUUCAGAGAAUCAUUCCUCAACUGCUUGUACAUCUGCCCUACGUAGAUUUUGUGAAGAAUCUUCACAUGUAAUUUAUGAACCUGCGAAUUUGGAAAUACUUUUAUGGGUAGGAGAGGUAAAUGGUUCAUUAAACUAUACUUUACUUACUGGCUCACUUCCCUUUGUGUUUCCUUCUUUACCUUAUCCAAACGCAUUAGAUUUUUAAAUUGUGACUCAUGAAUGGUUUCUCUCAUUAGUAACCACUUAUACACAUGGAUGUUAAUGUUUGGACAUGUAUUUUUCUAAUUGCUAUGGUUCUGCGUAUAUAUCUGUAAAGAUAUCUUCUGACUUGGAAGUAGUCUUUUCUAUUGUAUCUUCGACAAGCCUGACAAUGUUUGUGUCGUCUAAGAUGAUAAAACUUUGUAUGAAAAUUAUCUGCAAGAUUAUUUUUGGGUAAUGUCUAUUUUUUAUCCAAAUCUUUUUUCAGAUUCUUUUAUAUUAUCCAAACCUAUUAAAAUACUAAGAAUUAGCCAAAUGUUAACUUCCAGUUAGCAAUUUAGUUAGUAAUAUUGACUUGACAACAUGCUACUUACUUGGAAGAGUUAACUUCUAGUUAGCAAUUUAGUUAGUAAUAUUGACUUGACAACAUGCUACUUACUUGGAAGAGAUACACGAAGGUCGCAUUCCAAAAUUUUAGUAUUUUAACUAAGAAAAGAGUUACAAAAUUAUCAACGAUAACGUAAAAAUGACUAAUAUUUUGAUGCAUUACGAAAGAUUUGGCUAAUUAAUAGCAUUUCAAUAGGUUUUGAUAAUAGAAAAGAAUAUGAAAACGGUUAGGAUAUAAAAUAGACAUUACCCAUUAUUUUUUAAGGACAGGAUGUUGCUAGUUCGGAAAGUGACCCUAGGGGUGUGGUAGAGCAUACACGUGAGAGGUUAUCUAUGUUCCUUUUAUGAGGUCUAGACACCUUCUUUUGUUUCUUACUUCCGUUUCCUUUUCAUAUCCCCUGCCUCCACUUCUAUCUCAAUUCAUCCUUGUAUGCCUGUAAACUCACUAUCCAACCUUCUGUUGGUUUGUAAUUGUUGAUCAUUUCAUGUUACAGGCUUUGGAGAAGAGGCACAUACCUUUAGAUGAUGAAGAAGAAGUAAUAAGUGCAAUAAGCUCAAUCCUUGGUUCCGUACCAAAUGAAGAACUAAAGUACAACUUGUUGGCUAGAUUGCUCUCCUCGAGCUAUGAUGCCUUAAGAAAACUUGUGAGUAUGUUUUCCUGCCUGCACUAUGGCAUUUAUAUUUCAUUUGGUACUAUAAUGAUGGCUAAAGAAGGAGAUUCUCGUUGCAAUUACCUUGUGUCCAGCAGCUGCUUCAUCAGAUUUGUUUCCUGAAUCCUGAUUUUUCUUCUAAUUGAAUUUUCUAACUUUCAUCGGUUUGCUUGCACGAAGGAAACAAAUCUAUUUGGUUGUGAAGUCGGCCUCUUUUUGAAGUAUUUCCCUUUUAGAGUUGGUUAAAAUAUGCACUGCCGGUGCUAGAAAUUAUUUUCUUAUUACUCAAUUCAAUGAUUACAAGUCGUUAUUUGUACUUAUGCUUAUGCAUACUAGAAAGCAUUUUCAUAUUUAUGAAUGCAAGUUGAUGUUCUAAUAUGGAUACGGAUACUGUGGGGAGUUCAAACCAUAAGUCUGAACCUGAUGCCCUUACCUAGUAUGGUGAUGCGCAUCCCAUAAGCUUCUGGCAAGACCUCUUUUUCUCUGGUCAAGAAUUCUCGGCCUUCAGCUGUGGGCCUGUGGCCAGGGCGUAGAGUUCUUGCCAGAAGCUAAGGCUCCUAUAAACCUCAAUACCUCGUAGAGGAUCAAGGAUAUUGGCCAAAAACCUCGGAUUGAGGUCAAGGCUAUGAUCUGACAAAGGCACGACGAACUUUGCAGAGGUCCUAAGUCAAGAGCCAAAAUCGUCAGCUGAGGUGUUGUGUGCUUUGUAGAAAAAAUAUGAGUGGAGGGCCUAGGACAAGGGUCCAAAAAGCCUUGGCCGAGCAAGGGAUGAGGUCAGGGCCUGGAAACCCCUUGUAAGCUGUAUGUUCCAUGCCUGUUUGAGUCAUGAGAGUAGCAUCUCAAAUAUUUCUUUUCUGUGUCAUAUCGUCUUAACUUUUGUAUUAUCUUUCGUUCAGUGGAGUUUUGACUGUUAAAAUGACAUACAGAUUGUUACCAAAGAUGGUAAAUAGUUGAAUAAAGUGAAAUUAUCAUGACAAAUCCGUCCAUCAGCUAUGAUAAACUUGUAUACUAUGUGAGUAUGUGUAUAGGCCACAUACGAACAGCGUCUUGGCCGUCUUUAUUCACCCUUCUUUAUUCACCCUUAUCACGUCAAAGGAACUCGAUACACGGCUUGUCAGACUGGAACUGGGAAAUUCUGUAACCUGUCAGAUUUCGUAGUUGCCUAUUAAAACUGAUGUUUUACUAUUUUGCUUACAAGCGGAAAUCCCCUAUGAUUGUAAAGCAGAGGAUACGUGAUGAUUGUAUUUAUUAACCAUUGAGUAACUGAACUUAUCCUGUCUUUUGUCAUAUCCUAUAGUGGCCACAGCUGGCUUGUUCCUAUUUGCUUUAGAUGAUCUCUUAAAGUGCAAUUGACUAUUUUUGCGGCAUUUAGUUUCCCCUUGUGAAGCUACUAAGAAAGCUCCCUCUUGUUUCAGAUUAAUGAAGAUGGUGAACAUUCUUAUAGACAAAAUCCAGCUACUUAUACUCAGCUUUUGAAUGGAGCAGCGAGAGGAUUACAUAGGUAUGUUACUUAGUCAGAAACGCUGGGCUAGUUAUCUGUAAUUAAUUGGACAAUACAAUGGUUUCUUGCUGGAUCGCACUGACAAAUUGAAUUGCUUGGGCUUCUAAGUAUUUGCUUUGCAUAGACCUUAUCCCUAAAGUUUUUUCUUUCAGUAGAGUUGCUUUUCCUGUAUGUGGUUUCAUGAUUGGCACAAUCUGUUGUACUAAUUUUCCUCGGGCCUAAUCUGUUUUGCAUAUUUACAGAAUAGGAAUUGUAUUUGCUCAACUUGCAAUGUCAAAACCCAAUGGGCCCGCUACAGAUGACCCUUCAAUAAGGUUGCUACGGGUGUUCUGGCCCAUGUUGGAGAAGAUUUUCAGAUCCGAAUACAUGGAAAACAGUAACUUGUCUGCGGCAGCUUGUCGUGCGCUUUCCCUUGCAAUUCAAUCUUCUGGUAAUAGGACGAUAUGUUGUAUUCAAGUCUGGCACCAUGUUUCUUUCUUCUCAAAGAUUAGUAUUUUACUGUUUCUUUGGCAUUUUUGCAGGGCAACAGUUUCUAGUUCUACUGCCGAGUGUUUUAGAUUGCCUGUCGACCAAUUUUCUGGCCUUCCAAAAUCAUGAAUGUUACAUUAGGACAGGUAAGUCAUUUGGCAACUCAGAAUCAUUUAAGAAUAGUGACAUAGACGAAACCUGAAAGGGUUAGGGUUCAUAGCAUGAGAAGGAAGUAGGAAUGUUAGGGUUCUGUUUCAAGAUAGUUGCUAGAUGGCAUCUCCAAUCCUAGGGCAAGACUCACUUGAGAAUCCACAAAAAGAAAUAGGAAAAUAAUCUAAAUCCUCUGCAUAUUCUAGGAUCUCUUGUAGAAUCUUCCUUAUACGAGAGGUACAAGCUUUGUCAUAAAAGAACCUAAUUCUUGAACAAUCCUCAUUAAGUACUAUUUCCCCUAUAAAGGAAUUUAACUUUGCACACCAUAUUUCUUACAGACUCAAAUGAACUAAGAAAUAGAAAAGAACAAAAGAGUACCGGGUCGUUUGGAUGCAGCAUUUGGAUGAGUUAUUUGGGCUGAAAUAUUGACAAACAAAAAAUGGGUUGUGGUAUGUUGAAUCCCGCGACAAUUGAAAUGAUGCAUAAUGAGUCAAUUGAAAUACCUCCUCCCCACUAGACAUUUCAAUUAACUUGCUGUCAGAAACACAUUUAUUUGGGCUUUCUAUUAUUAUAUUAGGUAGGAUAAUUAUAAUUAUGGUUAGUAGAGAUAUAGUCGAAUUAGGAUUAAUAUUAGGGUUUUCUCGUAUUAUCCCUAUAAAUAUGUACUGGGGGUUUAAGUCAUAAUAAGUCAAGAAGAAUAUUAAGAAGAAUCUCCUAAACCCUAGUUUAGCCUCUCAACUCCUAAUUUCUAUUCUCAACCAAUCCAAGGCUUCGGCCGAUUUCCAAUUAUAUUCUGUUCUUUCUGAACUAAAUCCCCUCAAAUCCCUAUUCGUUACAAGUAAUCGCGGGUGUCGAAGAUCAGUCCCUAGAAGCCCUAAGAAGUGGGUUUCUAACAAUUGGUAUCAGAUCCCGGUUGCAGGCCACCAUAUCAGAAUCAUGUCGAGCUCUCAAGAACACGAAUCGGAGGAAGCUGAUCGAAGACGAUUCGCGGAAAUAAAACAAUUGUUGACGCAGUUGGCAUCGUUCGACGACGAUGAAGAUGACUGGUGGGACGACGAGGUCCCGGUGGCAGUAAUCAAAGCACCACAUUUGACCGAGAUUGAGGCUGAGCUGAUGGACGAUGACAACAUUGUGCAGGCAGAGGAAGAAAUAGCCUCGAGUGAGCUGUCACGGCAGGAGAAAGAAGCAGUAGUGGCGGCGGUGAUCGAGAUGAAGGAAGAGUCGCCACCGAAACAGAAGAGGAAGAACAAGAAACGCGGCGGCGGUGGAAUCCUCCACUCACCAUCGGGAAGAGUAACGACGAAGGUGGCGAGAUUCGCGCUCGGGAAGAAGGUUUUGACGAUGGGUCGCGCGCCGAACCGGCGAUUACGAAAGAAGAAGUCGGCCGAGACGUUAGGCAACAGAGCCGAGAGGGUGACCCGCCAUGGGCUUGACGAGCCUGAGUUGCGCCUCGCGCAUUUGACGUCGCGAUCGGUGACCACGCUAGCCACGACGAACACAUGGAAAACCGACGGUGGGUUGUGGCUGGAGACGAGGAGAGUCGGAUCGAACUUGUCUCACGGCCGUCUGGCGAUCUCGUCGUUUGAUAGAACCCGGUUCUAGAAUUCUAUCGGAAAUAGGGAUUUACGGAUUAAGAACAAAAUUAGGGAUUUGAGAGGAGAAAGAUAGAGAAUCAGCCUAAGCCUUUAGAGGGAUUGGGAACGAGAAUUGAGAGGAUUGGGGGAAUAGGGUUUAGGAGAUUGUUUUCUUAAUAUUCUUCUUAUUGAUUCUGAAUGAAUAGGCCUAGUACAUAUUUAUAGCGAAUAUAGGGAAACCCUACUAAUAAACCUAAUUCUACUAGAAUACUACUAACCAUAAUAAGAAUUACCCUAUUAGUAGUAAUAAUAAUAAUAAUAAAUGUAGAAACCCUAAUGAAGUUGGUUUCCAUCA